AUGAAAUCGAAAGGCCGAACAGCAAUGCAGUAUGUUCCGUUAAUUGCCAUAAUAGCUCUGCUAAUCCUUGAAUCAGUGCCGAUAGAAGCAAAAAAGUUUCAGCAGGGUCUGCAACGAUUUCAGCGCUCAUCAACGAGGAUUGACACAGAGCUGUCAACGGAUCAAAUACGAAGGCCAACGCGUUCACCGACUCAACCACCAGCACAUGAUGACCUAAUAACUGAUCGAUCAUCAAGAUAUCAUAGUGAAAGAGAAGAUAAAGAAUCUGCACCCAUACCUACAAGCACGGUGUUUCUUUCCAGCGCAAGGUCAGCAUCAAACAGGAUCUUCAAACCUGAAAGAGGAUCAACUGUGAAGAAUGCAAUCCAAUCGGCAAAGGAUCGAUUUCAUUACGCUACGAAAUACAAAAACCAGGCUUCAGCAAAGAAGCCGUUGGGUUUGACGACCAAUUUGAGUGGAGGUGCUGACGCUACUGGUGGAGAAAAUCCAACCACGCCUUCCCCCACCACUCAGGGCCAAUCGUCUGGUGCCACCGCCGCGUUCUUGGGCACCCUACGGCACAAGCGAAAUAAGUUGUUGCCCAACGUGAUCAAGGCGAAUGAAGCAACAAUUCGGAAAGUAAAGGAGGGAAUGAAUACGUUGCAACGGAAAGGUGCCCAAGUGACACCAUCGGUAGUGACUUUCUUGUCCGUAUUGUGGACUUCCGAUAAAGGAGUGUCGUUCCUGUCACUCUAUGCUCUCGCACUGCUUGGGGCAUCCUGUGGAUUUCAUCUUUUUCUUUACUUUAUCACCGUCGGCUAUGCUGCUGGAAUCACUCUACCCGUCGCAGUGGCGCUGAAAAUCUACAAGUCCCAAACUCAAUUAUCCAUACCGACUCUAUUCCACUCUUACCUAACAGUUGCAUGGGGACUCCGGUUACUAAUGUUCCUAACUUGGCGAGAAUACUUUACCUGGCCAGAACUCCACUCCCAAGUUGUGGAUCUACAAAAGACAAUGGAUAUCCCUUUUGCUUCUAGACUGCUAUGUUGGUUUGUAUACUCUUUCUUCUAUGUUUCCAUGAUGGCAUCCAAUUGGAGCAGAUUAAAAACUAACGGACGGUGGGGCAUUGUGGGAUACAGCGGAUUGCUAUUUCAGAUUACUGGAUUGCUACUCGAAACGAUAGCUGAUUUGCAGAAGAAUGGAUUCAAAUCAAUGCAUCGACAUUCCUGGUGCAACGUUGGACUUUGGAAAUGGAGUACGCAUCCAAAUUAUCUUGGAGAAGGCUUGUUCUGGUGGGGAACGUAUCUUGGUCAUGGAUUCACUUCCACUGUGCACACACUUUUGGCAACAAUCGGACUCCUGUUCGUCGUGACGGUGCUGAAAGGAUCCACACGAUCACUGUCCAGAAAGCGACUGGAGAAAUACAGCGAUCAACCUGGCUUCUACGAGUUUCAAAGAACGCAUAGCAUUUGGGGUCCGAAAAAAUGGUGGUGGUGGCUUCAUGGGAUGGAAGAGCUGAUCUCAGAAACAUCGUCAGAACCGGUUGGCAACAGUACACGUACCAGUACCAACACAACAUCCGCAGCAGAAGACGGCGCCUCUUCUGUUCAGUCUUGA